GCGUGUUUCAACAGAUGGCUCUCAGUGUCCCGCUUCAGCCAGUACUCACUCUCUCUGUGCACUUAGAGCUUUCCUGUUAGAGAGAGAGAGAGACAGAGAGAGAGAGAGAGAGAGAGAGCAGUUCAGUUUAAGAAAGUGAAAGGGCUUUGAGAACUUCUCCUUUUUCGUUGUUUGAAAACUUUUCGUCUACUCUCUAGUGAGCAGUAGAGAGAAAAGAUAGAGGGAGAGAGAGGAGGGUGGCGUGAGUGGGACGUUGACCCCCGCUGCUCUUACUCUCUCUUGGCCGGCUGCUCUGGGGGAUCCACUGCUAGUCUCAGGCGGGACAAUAAACCACCUGCUCCAAGUCCGGGGGCUUACACCGCCAACACUGGACCUGCAGCGCUGUGCGUGAGGCCCGAAGCCUCAACACUCUGACGCACAAACGAAUUCCCAUCAGCUGUUGAGGGUGGACCUGAGUGCUUGACAGGUUUGCUGGAGCUGCAUAUAGAACUGAAUGGCUGCACACAGGCUUUAGAGACACCAGUGCUCUUCUGUAUAAGAAAUCAUUAGGUCUUUCUUGGAAGGCCUAGAAGACCCUGAAGGUUCCCCUCUGGUGUGGACAGAUAGGCUUCACCAUUAUUCAGCGCUUCCAGUGAGGCGUUGCGAGGCCAGGCUGCAAGUAGUGUGAGCAGGAGCCCAGACGUAGGAUCUGAGGCCGGCGCUCGGAGGGUGUUACCAUGGCGACCAGCGGGCAGAUGGGCCGGUUGGUUGUGCUGUUGGCCGUGGUGGUGGUGGCCCACGCCUCCAUCUUCCUGUCCAACCACAGGAUGAAACCUCGUUUUAACCGGGACCGCCGCAACAUCCGGCCCAACAUCAUCCUCAUCCUCACUGAUGACCAGGACAUCGAGCUGGGCUCCAUGCAGGUGAUGAAUAAGACUCGGCGGAUCAUGGAGCAGGGUGGGACACACUUCUCCAACGCCUUUGUGACCACACCCAUGUGUUGCCCGUCGCGCUCCUCCAUGCUGACGGGGAAAUACGCCCACAACCACAACACCUACACCAACAACGAGAACUGCUCUUCACCCAGCUGGCAAGUCCAGCACGAGCCACGCACAUUCGGAGUCUAUCUCAACAACACGGGCUACAGGACAGCGUUCUUUGGGAAGUAUCUGAAUGAGUAUAAUGGCAGCUACAUCCCUCCCGGCUGGCGAGAGUGGGUGGGCAUUGUGAAGAACUCCCGAUUCUACAACUACACCAUCUGCAGGAACGGCGUCCGAGAGAAGCAUGGAUUCGAAUACUCACAGGAUUACCUGACAGACCUCAUAACCAAUGACAGCAUCAGCUACUUCCGCAUGUCCAAAAAGAUCUACCCUCACAGGCCAGUGCUAAUGGUCAUCAGUCAUGCUGCCCCCCAUGGGCCAGAGGACGCCGCGCCGCAGUACACCACCGCCUUCCCCAACGCAUCCCAACACAUCACUCCCAGCUAUAACUACGCUCCUAACCCGGAUAAGCACUGGAUCAUGCGCUACACCGGCCCCAUGAAGCCCAUCCACAUGGAGUUCACCAACAUGCUGCAGAGGAAGCGUCUGCAGACGCUGCUGUCCGUUGACGACAGCGUGGAAAAGAUAUAUAAUAUGUUGGUGGACACUGGCGAACUGGACAACACCUAUAUCAUCUACACUUCUGACCACGGCUACCACAUUGGUCAGUUUGGACUGGUCAAGGGCAAAUCCAUGCCUUAUGAGUUUGACAUACGAGUGCCCUUCUUCAUACGAGGCCCCAACGUGGAGGGAGGAACCAUCAACCCCCACAUCGUGCUGAACAUCGACCUCGCCCCCACCAUUCUGGACAUCGCCGGGCUGGAUGUUCCUGCGGACAUGGAUGGCAAGUCCAUCCUUAAACUGCUUGACACGGACAAACUGAUGAACAGGUUCCAGUUCAACAAGAAGGGGAAAGUGUGGAGGGACUCCUUCCUGGUGGAGAGAGGGAAACUACUUCACAAAGUGGUGCAUGAUGGGAAGGAAGUGGCUCAGGAGGAAAAUUACCUUCCCAAGUACCAGCGAGUCAAAGACCUGUGCCAGCGUGCAGAAUACCAAACACCCUGCGAGCAGAUCGGACAGAAGUGGCAGUGUGUGGAGGACUCCACUGGGAAGCUGAGGCUGUAUAAAUGUAAAGGCAUGGCCAGCCUGUCUACAGUGAGGAAGCAGCCAAUGUCCAGUGUCAAGUCCCAGCUAUACCAGCAUAGCCCUGACACCAAUGCUAAUGCCGAUGCUGAACCUGACGACUGCAACUGUGAUGACUUUGGAAACUACAGACUGAGUGCCCUGAAGAAGAAGAAACUGCUGUCCAAGAAGAAGCUGAAGGCACUGAAGAGCUACUCCAGGAACCGCUACGCUCGCGCCGUCUCUAUGGAGAUGGGAGGAGAUCUGUAUGCAGUGGAUCUGGACACAGGCUACCGGCCGGUCAACGGGAGCACCCUGAGCCCUGGGCAGCAGGAGGAGGAGGGCUUCAGCGGGAUGGGGCCAACCACAGCGGAGCCGCAAACCAGCAACAGCCUGGUGCCUUCGUCUAUUAAAGUCACGCACAGGUGUUCUAUUUUGGCCAAUGACACAGUAAAGUGUGAUCUCGGCCUGUACAAGUCACUGCAGGCAUGGAAGGACCAUAAACUCCACAUCGACCAUGAGAUCGAGACACUACAGACGAAGAUUAAGAAUCUGAGAGAGGUCAGAGGCCACCUGAAGAAAGUGCGGCCUGAGGAGUGUGACUGCAACAAAUACAUCUACAAGUCCAAGUUCAAGAGUAAGCUGAGAAAAUACAAGUCAGGUAGCAUCCACCCAUUCAGGAAAGGCCAGGAGAAGGACAAGAAGGCUUGGCUGCUGUUGGAGCAGAAGCGCAGGAAGAAGCUGAGGAAGCUGCUGAAGCGUCUCCGGAACAACGACACCUGCAGCAUGCCCGGCCUCACCUGCUUCACACACGAUAACCAGCACUGGCAGACUGCCCCCUUCUGGACCAUGGGACCAUUCUGCGCAUGCACCAGCGCCAACAACAACACCUACUGGUGCAUGAGGACCAUUAAUGAGACGCACAACUUCCUCUUCUGUGAGUUCGCUACAGGCUUCCUGGAGUACUUUGACCUCAAUACAGAUCCAUAUCAGCUGGUGAAUGCAGUGAACACACUGGACCGGCACGUUCUCAACCAACUGCACGUUCAGCUCAUGGAGCUGCGAGGCUGCAAGGGUCAUAAACAGUGUAACCCACGCACUCGCAACUUGGACCUGGAGGGCAGAUUUGGGAAGGAUGGGAGGGAUAAGAGCCUGGCGGAGGACGACACGGAAAGCACCCGGCCGUUUCCGUGGGCGACGAACUGGUCCGAACUUGAACCCUUGUACAGACUUGACGAGCACGCCUACGAUCUCAACCUCAACUUCACCCUGAGCCUGGAGGACUGGGACCACUUUCGCCACUCUGUGGACCGCAUGUUUGCUCUCCUGGACAACGACAACCACCCACGGGACCUAGGGGGUGGGGCCAGAGGAGGAGGAGGCCAUGCCCUUGUGUCCUCCACCAGCCGCUCAGCUUCAGUCGCCUACCUGACCACUUUGGCGACACCCGCUUUUCUCCUGAGGAAGGCAGGAGCUGAGGUCCUUAGAGACGCUUUGGGACUGAACCGGGAGACACGCCCUUCUUCCUCAGCCCCUCCCACCUCCUCCUCUUCCACUUCAUUGCAUCUCCCCUCCUCUGUCUUGCAACCAGACAGGGGUGCAGACUGGGACAUCCCUCCAGAGCUGCUGGGGGGUGGGUGGAGAGAGGGGGAGGAGAGAGAUAGCGAGGAAGAGGAGGAGGAAGAAGAUGAGGAGGAGGAGUUAAUUAGAAAACGGACAGGCCGUAGGAGACUUGGUUCCGCCCACUGUGACUGCAGCGACUUUUUACAGGACAUUCCUGUGUGACUCUCCUUUCAGCUCUGCAAUCGUUUUUCCUCAUCGCUCUCUGAGCAAGACAGAGAGAGAGUUUCGGAAAAGACUCCUGGCUUUCCCGGAAGGGAGCAUACAGGAAGUUUUACCUCCAGCUUACAAACCAGCCUCUCUCCUACCUCUUGUUCUCCCGCUCCGCCUCUUCUGCUGGCUUCCAUCCUCUGAGCCGCAGCCUCCAGGCUACCUUUUUGUUUCUUUCAGCCACACCUCCUUCAAAACCCUCAAUCUGGGAAAGUGGAACUAGAAUCUCUGAGAUCGGCUAGGCUUCGACAGAGCACAUUUCAUCAUUUAACUUUUGGAAGAAUCUUUUUUUUUUGUCUUGGGGGAUUGAUGGAGGGAUGAUAAUUGCAUAAGUACAACAGAAGUGAGAGAAAUGAACUUGACGUAUUUUAGUUCAUGCCGAAUGAUAUUGAGAUUUGUAUCGUGGCCAUGUGUACUUGUUUUCAUUUCCCGUUAAUGGCUGCUUGUACGUUUCUCCUGCGCAGCUGCAGGCUGUGUGGCCCUUAUACAGCAUGUGUUCUCCGUCAGAAACGCUGAACCCUAGGAAUUCAGCUACACCCUGGCUGAGCUCAAAGGGGAAUUCCACCAGUUUGUUCCACAUUUCUGCAUUAUUCCGUUUUUGAGGUGUAAACAAAGUCAUUCUGCGUGGUUUGAAACAGUUCGUCGUAGUAGAACUUACAUGUUUACUUCACAGUGGUGGCGAUGUGCUGAACCGGGGGACACAAUGUCUAAUAUAGUCUUUCAUUUACUUUCCAAAAGCACCAGUGAAUUUACAUGUAUGGUGAGUUUUUAUAGGUAACACUGAUAAUGGUGAAAUAAUGAUAAAUCUGAUAUAUAUAUAUAUAUAUAUAUAUAUAUAUAUAUAUAUAUAUAUAUACUGUAUAUAGGUCAAAACCUUUACUCAAAAUAUUUCUCAAAACAAAAUCCCAGGUAUCAGGCAGCAUAUUCAUAAAAAAAAUAUGUAAUAACUUUCUGAGAUGCAGCUUUUAGAGCAGGGGUCACAUUAAAAAACAGAUCCAUGGGCCAGUUGCUUCUACUUUUACAUAUAUAUAUAUAUGUAUAAACUGCUCAUUCUCUUGAACUAGACACCUGGAAUUUCUUUGUUGUUGUUUCUGUGGUGCUGUCCCAUAGAUUGUUGCUGGGGAGGGGCUGGGAGCACGAUUUAUGUUGCGGUGCAUGCUGGGCGACUGUAGUGCAGCUCAUGGUGAAAUGGGCUGCUAAUAAUAACAAUAGAAAAUUGAAUAAUUUUGCAGGACUGUGCCACGGGCCUGAUUUGCCCUGUGGGCCUUGUGUUUGGCACAUGGGUUUUAGAGGCAUUAAACUCUUCAGACAUCUGGGUCCAUCACCACCACCCUGAACAAGUUUCUCUAGAAUCAUAAAACUGACCUGAAUAACGAUGCUUACAUUUUAAAAACGUAAUUAUGCAGAAAUUUUGAGGCCCACGUGUUUGUUUUUUUUUCUAUUCACCUCAUCGUUGUGAAAAAAACGAGUAUCUAAACCGAAUUGUGUGUGUGUGUGUGUGUGUAUGAAAGCGUGCCAUAUUUUCAUUUCCGAGCACAAAGUUUUGUUCCACUUCACGUUCUUUCCAGUGCCACUUGUUUUACAGUGUUGCUGCAGCGUUUGGCCUCGUCUACGAAAAGAAGAUAUAAAAGCUGGAAAUAACCAUCAGUGUAUCUGUGUACAUUCCCAAAAGCCCCACGCCUUGAGAAACGUCUUAUUACAGAAUUCUCAACGACGAGCGUCUUAAUUGACGAGCCACCCGAACAUGAAACGUCCCACUCCAUGGACACAUCGCAGCACCGUCAGCCGGUGCCCCAUUUAUAGAAUCCAAGAAAUUAAGAUCAUCAACUGACGACGUGUCAAUGUGUUUUUAAUGGCAUAAUGAAAAAAGAGCUUGAUGUGAUUAUCAUGUGUCACAUUGUUUUUAAAUCUGAAUUCUUAGGUAAUCGUUUGUGCUAUACAUGGUGCUACUAAGGUCUGAGCAAAUAUAGAAAACAGCAGUAUGUAUUUGAAUGUACGUUUGCGAUUAAUAUGCUGUAAAUGUUAAAGUAUAUUUUAUAUGACACACAACCGGUGAAGCUAAAUUGACCUUCAGGCAUCCUUUGAGUCACGUUUUGGGUUUAGAUUAUUAUUUGAAAGCCCCCCCUUCCCGGCCCCCCCCCCCCUUCCCGGCCCCUGUAAACACUGUAAACAUUUGUUUUAACUGUAGAUUUGAGAACAGCACAUUUUAACCAUGAAUGCUUUUCUUUGCAGUUCAGUGCAUCUACAUUUGUCUGAUCCCUUUGGCCUUUUGGUAGAUUGUAACUCAGCUGUGCCUCCUUAUUUGACAGUGCACUGCACAGGGUGUAAAAUACUGCACUCAUACUGUAUGUAGUGCGCUUAACGUGUGCUCUCCCUUGUGUCGUGCGCUUGAGGGGGUGUAUGGAGUCAUUUUAAAUACACAGAGAGACCGUCACGUUUCCCUCUGGAUUGAUACAUAUUUGACAGAAGGCUCCCGUCAUGUCUCGAACAUCCUCUAAGACCACCUAUUUGUAUUGUGUCUGAGCAGAAAGCCUUUCUUUGCACCCGAUUGUGCGUUGUUAUGUCGUGAAACAGCCCCCUUGUUGCGCUACAGAAGUCCAACUUUCAGGAGAGUUUUCCCUCGGCACUUUGGAAGGGACUCCUUUAGUGGGAAGAUGAUUUUAAACCAUAACAGACAGGUUUUAACAGUGAACAAUGCCUUGUACAGUUUUAGAGAUUUAUCAGACCUAUAUUUUUGUUUCGGUUAACCCGUGAACAUUUGAUAGCGCUCAUUAGUUUGUGAAUAAAGUGUUGAAUGCCCAAA